AUGAUCACUGGCUUGGGUAUUUCAGGAGAGAGAUUUGUAGUAGAUGCAGUAAGAAAUCUCCUAAAUGAGCAGUGUAAAGUGUGUUCUUAUUUUGGAAUUGCAGCAUUUAACAUAAAGGGUUAUACUUUACAUUCACUCCUCCAAUUACCAAUAAAAAGAAAAAAAGAAUAUAUUAAAUUCUAGUAAAUUAAUUCCCUAUGUUGUGUAAUUAACAAACAAAAUUCUUAUUAGUGACUCGAACAAUUAACAUGCAAACAAUAACGUAAAUAGAUCAAUUGUAAUUCAAUUUGACUAGUGUAAUUGUAUUGUAAUAUAUGUAUUGUAAGUAGUGCAAGUUAAUGUAGUGUAAGCAUCAUGUAAGGAGUAAGUAUAGUGUAAGUACAUAUGUAAGUAUAAUAUGUAGGAAAAAAUAUUUUAAAAAAUUAAAAUAAAAGGAAAAAGGAAUGCCCCUUCAAGUCUUCAGCUUUAGCUGAGUUGCAGAAUGACUUAUUUGGAGUGAAGAAUUUAAUCACUGAUCAAUUUUCUGUUAUUGGCCAGAAAAUGUUUGCUUGGAUUAGCAGGCAUUGCAAUAUAGCAACAGGCUUUAAUGCUACUCCAUUCCAUUGUAUUUCCAUUACAUUAGUUGAAAUUAUUGGCCAACUACCUUCCAUCACUGAUCAGGUUCUGUAUCACAAUGUUCUAGUACUUCUUCUUUCACUUUAUGAAAAAAUUAUCAAAAUAAAAAACACCAAACUAUUCAAGUUAGAAAGCUUUUUCUACUCUAUAACAACAGAUCAUGUUGGAUAUCUACAAGCAGUCAGUGAGCUAUAA